AUGAAUCCAGAUCCAGAGGACUUGCUUAAUAAUUAUGACAUAUUUGAGGAAACAACUAAUAAAAAUCAUAAAAGUAAUAAAAAUCAUAAAAUUCAUAAUAAUUAUAAAAAUAUUAAAUCCAAUAAAAAUGAUAAAGUAAAAGUGCACACGUCAAGAAGAAGAGGUCCAAAAUUAGAUUUUACAAUGUUAGUAUCAGAUAGAGGACUUAAAAAAGUGCUUGAUGAUGCACAAAAAUUAAGAUUUGAAGAAUUGAGUAAAAAUAAUAAAGACCAGAAUCAAGUUACAGAAAGAAAUCUAAACAAGUUAAUUGGAUUUUAUCAAGCAUGGGCUCAUGAUUUAUGUCCAAAAAUGAAAUUUCAUGAUUUCAUUCAAAAAGUAGAAAUACUUUAUGAAUUUGAAAAAGAAAUUGAAAUGAAAAAUCCAAUAAUUGAUUUAAUUAAUGAAGUAGAAGAAGAAGAAAGAGAUGAUAAAAAUAAAGGUGAUAAAAGAGAUUAUAAAGAAAAAGAAAGAGGUGAUAAAGAAGAAGAAAGAAAUGAUAAAGAAGAAGAUAUGAUAAUUUAUUCUCAACACAAUUCAACUACAAUUAAUUUCAUUAAUUUCAAUCAGAAUGAUGAUAAUAACAAUACAGAGGAAAAUGUGUCACCUAUGGAUAAAAGGGAUAAUGUGCCACCUAUGAAUAAAAGUGAUACUAUGGAUACUUUAGAUGCUAUGAAUACUAUGAAUAUAGAUGAUGAUAAUAAUAGUGAUAAUAGUAAUAAUGGUUAUAAUAAUAAUAAUUAUGAUGUAUUGUCUAUUGAUAACUUUAAAAAGAUAAUGAAUUAA